UUUCCCAGUGACCGCGUGCAUCCCACCGCGUUCGGUAUUGUUGUUGUGAUAAUGUGCUGAGUUGCAUAAGUGGUACCGGUAAAAGUGGACGUUAAUUGUUGAUAGGGAAGGAGAUAGUGGACGGGCGCGGGGAGAGCAAUUAAAACUCGAGAUAUCUUCUUGGAACAGGCGACGAAAAAAGGUGUGCGCGGUUCCCUCGAGCGAGAAAGCGCGUUUUCUUUGAUUGUCGAUCGAGAGACCAGUGUAUGUAUUGUCAUCCGUGUGAUAUUACGGAUUAUGCAAUGAGGCAGCAGCCGAUGGACGUGUCGUCACGGUGUCGGUGUUGAGACACUCGUCCCGGUCGUCUUCCGUCCGGGCGUGUUCUCGGCAUCGGGUCCGCAUCGGCACCGACAGCGGCGAUAUGAGUACGAAAUUCAUAAUUGAUAGUAUGCUACCAGCUAAGUACCAACAAUUUCAUCCGCAACAGUUGUUCUCAAGCGCGAAUCCAGGUACCAUCCAGGCGUGUACGACGAGUCCGGCCACCGCGAGUCUAGAAUCGAGUCUAUCCGCGGCUGCAGUAGCGGCCGCGGCGGUCAAUUACGCGCAACAGCACAAUUCGCCGAGCCCGACGGGUUCGAGUCCCCAGCACUCGGGUAGCUCUGCUUCCACAUCACCGGCGGCGCGUACGACGUCCGGAAUGUAUCCAUACGUAUCCGCCGCGGCGGCCCAUCAUCAUCAUCAGCAGCAGCAAGCGGUGGCGGCCGCCGCCUUCGGCGCCACGUCCAGCAUGGUCCCCGGUUUCGGUUCCACGGCUGCGUCUAGCGCUGCCCUGGCCGCCGCCGCAGCCGUGGAUGCCGCGACUGCCGGCGACAAGUCCUGCCGUUACACGGCCAGUUUAACCGGGAACGUGGCCCCCGCGUCGGCCGAUCCUAUGGUUAACUAUACUUUGGGUCACCAUCAUCAAAACGGCGCUACACCCGGUAGCCUCGUUUCUUCCGCGUCCGCUUCCUCGGCCGUGUCCGCUGCCUCGGCCUCCAUGGCGGCGGCGGCACAAUUCUACCAUCAGGCGGCCGCCGCAUCGGCCGUCGUUGAUCCUUUGACGUCCUGUCAACAACCUACCACCGGUCAACCUGGGAUCUCUGACAUACCUCGGUACCCGUGGAUGUCGAUUACCGAUUGGAUGAGUCCAUUUGAUAGAGUUGUGUGCGGUCCUAAUGGCUGCCCGAGGCGCAGAGGUCGACAAACGUACACGCGGUUCCAAACACUGGAAUUAGAAAAAGAAUUUCACUUCAAUCACUAUCUGACGCGACGGCGACGAAUAGAGAUUGCACAUGCGCUCUGUCUAACGGAACGACAGAUCAAGAUCUGGUUCCAAAAUCGGCGAAUGAAGCUGAAAAAGGAGUUGAGAGCGGUUAAGGAGAUCAACGAGCAGGCCAGACGCGAGCGCGAGGAGCAAGACAUGAUGAAGAAACAGCAGGCGGAGAAACAGGCCAAGUUGCAGCAGGAGCAGCAGAGUGCCGCCCUUCAGCACCAGCAGCAGCAUCACGUAAGCGGCCUGGAAAAGACGCAAAGCGAUCUUCUGAAGGCAGUUAGUAAGGUACCCACAUAGGAUACCUUACUGAGCCGACUCUCUUUCUUUUAAGGAAGACACAAG